UUAUCAAUAUCCUCAUUCCAUUCGAGGAAAAAAAGACAAAAAAUAACAGAAUUAUUUUCAUGUGUCUUCUUAAUUUCAUUUAUAUUCACAUAUUAUGCUUAGUGUCUUAAAUUUGGCUCUUCCAUAGAGUUAACCAGUCUAUUGUUACCCAAUUAAUUCAGUGUAAAAUGUAAAAAAGCAAAUGAAGCAACCUUAAUUGUUUACUGUUGACUAAUUCAUAUUUCCCAUUCAUUUACCUCCUCUUUACUUCUCCUUGUUUCAGCUCCAUCCCAUGUUCCUCAUCAAUAUAUAUGUCAUUCCUUGACAUAAUAUUUUAUAAAGGUUAAGAUCAGUUGGAGUUGAAGGGGUUCCAUUUAUAGAUUGGUAAACAAUGAGUGUUAAAGGUCAAAGUGAAUCAAGUAGCUCCGGUUCAACUGGAUUAAAUAGGGUUGGAUCUUUUAUGGUUCACAGUAAAUCAGCUUCCCUGGUUGCUGGCUGUAAAUCAAUUUUUCAAGAGCAAUCUACUCGAUUAUCACAGAAACAUGCUUCUGAAUUGGAGUUAAUUGAUGAUGUGAGAACCUUUUUCAAAGUUAAAUGUACAAUUGAGAAGGAUUAUUGUUCAUCUUUAACCAAAUUAUGCACAAGCCAUUUAACCCGUAAAUAUCCAUCAUUUGAGGUUGAAAAGGAUUCAGAUUUCAAAUCAAUCUAUUCAGUUUGGCAACUGUACCUGGAAGAAGAGGAAAAAUUAUCCAAAUUUCGGGCAACUCAAUUUGAACAGAUUGCUAAUGUUUACGAUUCACUGAAACACAUCAAAAGCCACAAAUCGUCGAUUGGAAAGAAAGGAAUUGAUAAUUAUUUAAAGAAACAACAAGAAGAGCUGAUUGCUUCGGCAGUCGAGAUUGACAAGAAUCGUAAAUUAUAUUUUGAUGAAGAGCAUCUUGCUAAGCAAGCUCGAGACAAGGAAGAAAAGGUUAAGAAGCGCAAAGGAGGGAUAUUUUCAAAAUUUACUCAUUCAGAGAGUAAAAAGGAGAAGAUUGGAGCCCAUCGGGAAGCUAGUGAUAUACAAUCAACAAUGGCGAGAAAUGAAUAUAUUUUAGCUUUAGUUGCUGGUAAUGCUCAUUUAGAGCACUAUUAUUCAAUUGAUUUACCCAAUUUGAUGCAAUUCCUAGAGGAUGAUGUUCUUGACAAAUGCAAAGGAUUUAUGUUAAAUCUAUUGAAUUCAGAAACAACUUCUUUAGCCAAUGCCAGUGAAGCUUUAACUGGCUUAGUUACCGCUUUAGAGUCUACAUCAGCUGAACUGACUGAUAAAGCAUUUUUGGCUGAGCAAGCAUCUAAUUGUCUGAGAGAUACAUUGCAGUUUGAAUUUGAGCCUUGUGAUGGAGAUCAGAUACAAACAGUUUCGAUUGAACAUAAUGCUGAACUUGCGCUUCAGCAUGAAAUUGCCAAAUGGAUGUCCUGUUUCACCAAGGAAUGUCGUAAUCUUCAUAAAUUGAAUCAACAAUUAACAAAAUGUCUUAACUACCAGGCUACUGGUAAAAAGACUGUCGAAGUGACUGGAAUUGGUGUCGUUGAAAUUGAAACACGUAUUGAUGACAUCAAACAACAAUUGAGAAAAUGUGACAUUAGUAGAUGUAAAGCUGAAGCUCGUCUAAAAGCAAUCAAACAAGCUGGAAUGCCAAUUGAAGAUUUGGAAGCAAUUGAAUCUCAAAUAGCAUCUGAGAUGAAACAAACUUCAUUGGAUGUUGAUGUUGCUCAACCAUUGAGUAGAACACCAAGUCUUCGAAGUACCAAUAUAAGCGAAGGAAGAGUUUCAUCAAUGGAAAAUAAAUCAUUUUCUGAUGACCAACAAGAAUACAAUAGCCAAGAACCAACUCCAGAACCAAAUGAAAGAUACUCUUCUGAACCAGAACCAGUUGAAUCUCCAGUUGAAAAGGAACCAUUACAGCAAACGUAUAGUUAUGAGACAUAUGAUACCAAUGCAGGUUGGGGUGAUUAUGAUGCUAAUGAUGCCUGGGCUGAACCUGAGCCACCUCAAGAAGAAUCCAUUUCAACAUCACCAGCGCCUGUUUUACCAUAUCCAACUGAUGAUACCUCGUCUUCAUCCCCACCUCCCCCUGUCACAUCAUCAUCUAUUCCCAUCUCAUCUUCAGACAAUCCUUCAAUACAGAACAAUUAUGAUUCAGUAAAUUACGAGGAGCAAGCUGAUUAUACGGUCACUGUUGAUGUAUCUCAGCUUGUUGGUAGACGGGUUCGCGCUUUAUAUCCUUACGAAGCACUAAACCAAGAUGAACUGAGUUUCGAAGUUGAUCAAAUAUUAACUGUUUUAUCGGCAGCAGAUGAAGCUUGGGUUACAGCUCAAAACGAUAAAUAUCAAGUCGGUUAUAUUCCUGCUGCUUACGUUGUGCUUGCUGAUGAUGAUUUGCCUCCACCUCCUCCUGAGGCAAAUGGGUAUACAAUUGUAGAACCAAAUGACUCAUUUAAUUCGACCGUUUCACAAAAUGAGCCGACAAUAACAGCUCCAGUUGAAACGCAAGAUAGCUCAAAAGAUGACCAAGAUUUCAAUUCAAAACCUCAAAUUGAAAAUGCCGAUCAUAUUCAGAAUGUUAAAGCUUUAUAUGAUUACACUGCCACUUCUGAAGAAGAAAUAUCAUUCAAAGAAGGUGAUAUUUUCAUAGUAAUUGAAAAAAGUGAAGACGGUUGGUGGCUCGGGGAAAAGGAUGGAGUCAAAGGUCAUUUCCCAUCAAUGUUAGUGAUCGAUGCUGAUGAAUAUGAAGAGGAAGAAGAAGAUGAAGAAGAUGAAGACAAAGGAGACGAGCAAUCUUACAAGGCUGAAAGUCCUGGAAGUGAAAGUGUCGAUUCGAAUGAGCUUCCUAUGCCAACUGAAGGUCCUCCUCCCCCAACAUUUGCACCACCAAAACCUGCAUAUCUAACACCUCAUCAAGUAGUAAUCAUCCAACCAACUCCUGAGAUUGAAUCAAGGGGUACUUUUGGUGAAGAUGUUGAUGAAUCUGGUUCAGCAUCUGAUCAACAAAAAGAUUCAUCUGAAACCAAUGGUAAUAACGAUGAAAAUCCUAACGCCAACAUUGAACAAGAUAAUGUAACAGCAGCAGAGGAAUCUGGGAUUGAAGUAAGAGUUGAAUUUGACGCUGAUUUCAGUCUUGCAAAACCUAAUAAAAAGACUAAUGAUCAAGCUGAGGAUUCAAAUCCGGAUUCGGACCCGCCAACAGUUGUUGUUUGUGAACCAGAUUUUGAGUCCAAUGGACAUUCUGAUUGUAAUUUUGAAGUCGAGAUCUCUCAUGACGAGGAUAAUAAUUUUCAACCAGAAGGUCCAGAUAAAAACAUUGAUGGCGCUGAUUCCAAAGACAAUCAGCAACUGAAUGAUACUAAUGGGAUUACCAAUAAAGAAGCAACUAGCUUAGGACACCGAGGUGAAGGCGAAGGUGCAUCUCAUGAAAAUGAUUAUGAUCUUAAAUGAACAAAAUCAUUAGGACUACACCACAGUAGCAACUAACAAUACAAAUCCAAACGAAGCAAUUAUUCUUUUAGAGCUUUCAUCAAGACAGUUAGAAUCUCAUCACAUUUGCAAAUUGUUACAUUAAGAGAUAACCAGAUACUCGUUUGAAUGUUGUUUAAUUGUUGACUUAAUGGUUCCAUUAUUUGUUUGUAUUUCAUUGCAAUAUCUUUCAUCACUUCCUAAUUGGUUAUUGCUGAUCGAGUCAGUUUUCAGUUUCUCAUCGUCAGUUUAUUUGCAGAGUUUGAUUUGAUUGUUUAAAUUGUUACAUUCCCUGAUAUGAAAGAAUCAAGAAUGUGUUUUUGACUAGGAAAUUAGCAAAAUCUGUUUGUAACUGUGACUGCCAGUCAGUCAGACAAAAGUUAAAUCCGUUUGAAUCUCUUUUUUUAUUCUUUCACAGUUUUAAUCCUUUCUAAUCAACCCUAAUCCCUUUAAAUCUUUAACCUCACCUUAAACUUAUAAUAUAAUGUUAUGAUGGCAAUGAUUAGUUCGAAUCGAACUGUGAAUCGUCCUUUGAAAGAAAAUCAAUAAGUUAACAUAUUAAUUUAUCUCACCUUAAAAGCCUUUCACUAUUAACAAUAACAAUAAUAAUAGCCAGAAAAUAAUGGUGAUUAACUUACAUUACAACUAAUACAAAACAGUAUAUCAACUCAAUGCUUGAUCUCAAUUGUGCAAUUCAAUUCAACAUGAAAAACUUAAAUCUGACAUGUAAAUUAAAUUCAACAUGUAAAUUAUGACAAAAUCAAACCAAUGUCUUGAUCAAUCAA